AUGGUUUCUUCCAUUCCAGUCGCAGGCUUUGUCAUGCCUGAAAUCAACCCAGAACUCCCGCCAGGCGGGAUAUACGCAAUUGCUGUCUCGUUGCUCGUGGCCAUAGUAGUGAUUGACUACCUUUUUACUCGCCCGCGCCGGAUCAAAAACUUGCCAGCUGUGCCAUCUCGAAUCCCGGUCUGGGGCAGCUUGUCCAUUCUUUUCCCUCAGGCAAAAAGCAGCAAAGACUCCCCGUGCUCCAAAUUCGAGGAACUGGCUCAGAAGUACGGAGACCUGUAUCAAGUGAGACUGGGAACAAGAAAUGUCGUGGUAGCAAACUCUUACGAUUCCAUUCUCCGUCUGUGGUGUUACCAUAACAUUCGAAAUAACAACUCAAGACCGAUCCUUCACACCUUCCACGGCAUUCUAUCUCAAUCAAAGGUUUACACGGUGGGUACGACGCCAUUUGGCGACUCCUACUUGAGAAGCAGAAAGUAUAUGUCGAGCAGACUGCUUAAUGAGUCGAGUAAUAGAAAGUACAACUCCACCGUGAUUAGCGAUGAAGCUACCAAACUGAUCAAGUCGAUGCUGGCCAACGCAGAGUACGGGUUCGUUGAGGUGGAUAUCACCAGAGACUGUCAGUACUUCCAUCUAGCCGUGGCAUUGAUUCUCACAUACGGCUACGAGAUUGAUGUGUGCGGAAACGAGGAGGACAAAAAGCUGGCGGAUGAGAUGAUUUAUGUGGAAAACUACAUCACGAAAAUCAGAUCCCACAUUCAAAACGUCCAGGACUAUCUGCCGUGGAUUAUACGGCCUUUCUUCAACUUGUUCUCGAGCAAGUCGUCCAUUUCCAAACAGUUAUAUGUGAGGAGAAACAAGUAUCUCACCAAGUUCCAGAACUUCACCUCUUGCAACAUGAACGGACCAACAGAGUACGUUUGUCGAAGUCUGAUCUACAACUACUUCAAGAACGGCGACCAAGACAAGCUGAAUAAAGACCAAUUAGGAAGUAUCUGCCUGACGAUGGUCAGCGCUGGGCUGGACAACACGCCAUUGAACUUCCAGUACGCCAUGAUUCAACUGAGCCAGUCUCCGCAUGUGUGCAAGACUGCGCGGCUGAAACUGCUGGAGUGUUUCGACAACGACUCGAUCCAGGCCUGGGACAACUGUCACGUGGAAGCUUCGUGUCCAUAUAUGGUAGCCAUUGUGAAAGAAACGCUGCGGCUGUUCACGGUGCUACCAAUGUGCCUACCACGAGAAACAACACGGGAUAUAGUGUUAGGGGACGCAGUUAUCCCACGAGGAACCACGCUAUUUAUGAACGCCUGGGCAGGAAAUCACGAUAAGACCCGUUUCUACAAGCCACUCGAGUUCAUCCCGGAAAGAUGGCUGGACCCAGAAUCAGGUCUUAUCGACUGCAACACCAGACAUUUCUCAUUCGGAGCAGGCUCGCGGAUGUGUCUGGGAAACAACCUUGCAUUCAAAGAGCUGUACGUUCUUUUAUGCAAAUUUCUGCUAAUGUUUGAUAUCAGUCCAGGCCCAAAUGAGAUGGAGACACUGAACCCACUGGAACUUAAUCAGUUCCCGGAGUCGAUCGCUAUCGAGCCAAUAGAAUUACAAAUUAGGUACACGAUUCGGGAUUUGACAUUGAGCAAAUAUGUGGAAGCAGUACAAUAA